CUUUCAACAAUCUAUCUGAACCAAAAGCUGGAACAAAGAAAAAGAGGAAAACCUAUCAAUGGUGGCCUGAGUUAAGUGGUUGCUAUUUUCAAGAGAAAGCUAACAAGAUUUUGGGGGAAACCUUCUGAAACAAGGGAUGGCUACUUUGAGUAAUUUCUACUCUUGGUUUCAUUCGAUAUUACCUUAGAAAUGGGUCACACGUUUUCUGGUUAACUGAAGUGGUGUUCGUUGAAUUGUACAUCAUACCGAAAAUUGCUGCUGCUGUAGGAAAAUCAAUCCCACUGUGACGCUGAAGGGUAGCUUGUUUCAGCACAUUUUGAAGAUAUGAUACUUAUCUAAUAUCUUCUCAAUUCAUUAAGAAUAUGCGCAAUCACAGGCUAUAACAAUGUCUGAAAGUAGUUUUUGUCUCUGGAGAUUCCUAUAACACAAAAGCAAAGUGAACUAGAAUUGGAUCCUCCACCCUCCACCACCACUGUCAGCAUCUAUCUUAGGAAUGAUAAUGGGGCAGGUCCGGGGCGGGUUUCUUGGUACCUAGACCCGUCCCGUGGCAGGUCGGGUCCAGGUAGGGUAAUUUAUCACAGGUCGCGGGUCGGGGCAGGUCGACCCAAAGGGUAUGCAAUUUAUAUGAAAAACAUUAGAAAUAAAUGUUAUUUUUAUUAUAAGACCAAGAAAACAAACAAUAUUAUGAUAAAUGUAGUUAAAUUAUUGAAGAAAUUGAGGUUUUCACUAAUUUACAACUUUAUUAUAGAUAAAAUUUGAUGUAAUAAAAGGAAAAUCCUGAGUAAUUUGACUAAGAUUACUUGUAAUUUAGGCAAGAACGGGUCGAGAAUGGAGAGGGUCAGGGCAAGUCGGACCCGCCCCAAAACAGGCCAAACAGAUCAGGUAAAACGGGUCAGGUCGAAAUUGUCAUCCCUAAUCUAUCUCUCAGCUCACCUUUCCUUCAAAACAAAAUGCUAAAAUAUAUGAUAAAGAAUUUAGGUGCUCGAUGGGCUGAAAGGCCCGCUCGGCCCAUGCCAACUAACGUCCGCCAUUUCUUUCAUCUAGGCCCAAUACAGCAUCUAACCAUUUCAUCCCCGGCCCAAAUUGGCCCAUCAUCACACGAGAAGUCAGCAACCGCACCAACUUCCAUCACCUAAUCCACAAAUGACAAACCCUCACCGUUAAAUUAUAGUCAUCUAAUCGCUAACCUUUUCCAGUACUCCAACAGAAGAAACCAAGAAAAGGAUCAAAUGCGUCAUUUUCCCGGGAAAACGAACAACAGGUUCUGUGAAAAAUAGUGAAGCUCGAUGCUGGUGAACACCGAACCACAGCUUGCUGCAAAUCCAAAAUCGCCACCACCAAAUCUUCCACUCCCCCUGAGAAAUGGCGCUUCGGAUGUGUCCUCACGGCUACCGCCAGCCGCUAAUCUCCGCCGUUAGUUUCACCAAAUCGGCCUCUCGGAGCUUCAGAUUCUCGGUUCGGAGCAGUAUUCCUGAAUCCGGUCAAUCGAGAAAGCUUGUCUUAGAAGUUAAGGAGAAGCUCGCGAAGGAUUACCGGAGCCUCCCCCUCGGAAAAUAUGGAAGAGACGAUGAAGAGAUGAUUCUCUGGUUUCUGAAAGACCGGAGGUUCUCCGUCGAUGAAGCCGUUGGGAAAUUGACCAAAGCAAUUAAAUGGAGGCAAGAAUUUGGGAUGUCUGAGUUGACCGAGGAGAAAGUGAAACGUGUAGCAGAAACGGGGAAAUCUUAUGUGCACGACUCUUUUGAUGUCAAUGGCAGGCCAGUGCUUCUAGUUGUGGCUUCUAAUCACUUCCCUGGUGUGCAUGAUCCUGAAGACGAUCAGAAGUUGUGUGCUUUCUUGAUUGAGAAGGCACUGAGGAUGCUACCACCAGGCAAAGAUGACAUACUGGGAAUUGUAGACCUCAGAAACUUCGGUCCUGCAAAUGCAGAUUUGAAGUUCCUAACUUUUCUGUUUGAUGUGUUCUACUACUAUUAUCCAAAGCGGCUUGGUGAAGUCCUCUUCGUUGAAGCUCCCUUUGUGUUUCAGCCAGUUUGGCAGCUGGCGAAGCCACUGCUAAAAUCUUAUGCUUCACUGGUGAGAUUCUGCUCGGUAGAGACGGUGCGGAAGGAGUAUUUCACAGAAGAAACUGUGCCGACCAUCUUCAAAAAUUAGAGUUGCAUUGCUUACGUCUUUACACAACUACACUUAUCCCGGGGGUUGGUAUUAGCUGUGAAAGGGUGAGACUUAGUUCAGCCAACAAGAGAUCUUCAGAAUACGAUUCAAAAGGGUACUGGAGUGGCGGAUUUCUUGACGAUCGAAACUGUUUCGUUCCAUGCUUCCGGCACUACUCAUGAAACAGUGAGUAGCGAUAACUCGCAUGGUAUAUCAGAGGCUUAUUCUAACGUACGUGAGUGUGUCGAUUUCGGCUAAGAGAUGGAUUGAGUUACAAGAUAUUGUGUCCCUUAUUCUUCAUGCAUCAGCCUUCUGUACAAUGUCAUUCUUGAAUAAGAGUAUGCUCCCGGUUCAAAGGGUUCAGCUAUGUGUCUAGACUGUCUUUUAUGUGUGCUAUCCCAUAUUGUGGCAAUGAUUAACACCUCCCCGACCACAAAUUAAACCAAUAUAUAACUUCCAAUCGU